AUGGGAUUAUUACCUAGAGUUACAGAAAGUGAAGAUGUUGUUGAUGAUGAUGUGAUUACUCCAUACAAUUUCUCAGUUGUUGAAACUGGGAUUUACAGAUGUGGUUUUCCGCCAGAGACUGUAAAGUUUCUACAAGCGCACAAUAUUAAGCUUUUUCAGUUUGGUAUUCAAGGGGGAACUGUGGAUCCUUUGGCGCCUCCAGAAGAUGCAAUCGCGAAAAGUAUUAGAAAAAAAAGAAAGAAAGAUAUGAUCACGGAAGGUUUACAAGUGUUGUUUGAUGAAAGAAAUCAUCCGGUUUUGAUUCAUUGCAGACAUGGAAACCAUAGGACGGGGAUUGUUGCUGGUUUUUAUAGAAAGUUGAAGCAGAAUUGGUGUUUGCCUUGUGUGCUCGAGGAAUACGAGAGAUUGUCAGGUGAGACUGCUAGGCAGAGCGAUAUGAAGUUCAUCGAAAACUACGAAGCGCAUGACACACUUGAUGCCUCCGGUUAA